AUGCUCCAGCUGGAAGUUGGCCCUGGCAGUAGCACCAGCGACAACGACAUUGCUCUGAUCCGACUGUCUUCAGCAGUCACCUUCACAGAUUACAUCAGGCCAGUGUGUCUCGCAGCCACUAACAGUGUGUUCAACGCUGGAGUUGAUAGCUGGGUCACUGGCUUUGGUGCCAUCAGAGAGGGAGAGCCACUCCCGUUUCCUGAAACUCUUCAAGAAGUGGAAGUUCCUGUUGUUGGAAACCGUCAGUGUAAUUGUCUUAAUGGAGUGGGCACAAUCACAGACAACAUGAUCUGUGCAGGUCUUAAAGUUGGAGGAAAGGACUCCUGUCAGGGCGACUCUGGAGGUCCAAUGGUCAGUAAACAGGGCUCUGUCUGGGUCCAGUCAGGUGUUGUUAGCUUUGGAUAUGGCUGUGCUCGACCCAAUCUGCCAGGAGUCUACUCCAGAGUGUCCAACUACCAGUCCUGGAUCAACUCUCACAUUAGCUCAGAUCAGCCAGGCUUUGUCCAGUUUGUGUCCAGAGGCCCAGACCCUGACAGCAGCACCACCUGUCCUGGUCUGCCUCCUCCUCUUGUCACUACAACAGCAGAACCACAAGAAACAACCACAGUACCAGAGCCAGAACCCACAGAAGAAGAGCCAAUGGAGUCAAGUGCAGAGUUGUGUGGAGUCACUCCUCUGAACACCAGGAUCGUUGGAGGUGAAGAUGCUCCAGCUGGAAGUUGGCCCUGGCAGGUCAGUCUGCAGAGUAGCACCAGCGACAACGACAUUGCUCUGAUCCGACUGUCUUCAGCAGUCACCUUCACACGUUACAUCAGGCCAGUGUGUCUCGCAGCCACUAACAGUGUGUUCAACGCUGGAGUUGAUAGCUGGGUCACUGGCUUUGGUGCAAUCAGAGAGGGAGAGCCACUCCCGUUUCCUGAAACUCUUCAAGAAGUGGAGGUUCCUGUUGUUGGAAACCGUCAGUGUAAUUGUCUUGAUGGAGUGGGCACAAUCACAGACAACAUGAUCUGUGCAGGUCUUAAAGUUGGAGGAAAGGACUCCUGUCAGGGCGACUCUGGAGGUCCAAUGGUCAGUAAACAGGGCUCUGUCUGGGUCCAGUCAGGUGUUGUUAGCUUUGGAUAUGGCUGUGCUCGACCCAAUCUGCCAGGAGUCUACUCCAGAGUGUCCAACUACCAGUCCUGGAUCAACUCUCACAUUAGCUCAGAUCAGCCAGGCUUUGUCCAGUUUGUGUCCAGAGGCCCAGACCCUGACAGCAGCACCACCUGUCCUGGCCUGCCAGUAAAAACCAGUGACGUUCUUGUUUCAAGUCCUGUCCGAUCCAGCAUUGCACUGAUGAAGUUGGCGUCACCUGUGACCUACACCAGUGACAUCCAGCCUGUGUGUGUGGACACCAGUAACACCACCACCAUCUCCGUUGGCAGCCAGUGCUGGGUGGCAGGCUUUGGGGGUCAAAGCAGGACCGAUGGAAAUAAACCAACUCUGAGAGAUCUGAAAACAAAUGUUGAAAGCUGUGAAAGUGCUUCUGACCCCAGAACUAUCUGCACUUCUCCGUUGGAUGUUCAACAGGGAGACCAGGGAGGGGCGCUUUUGUGCCAGUCUGGUGCCUCAUGGUUUCAGGCAGCUGUGGUCUCCAUGGGAGGAGCUAGAACCCGCUCCGACAGUGUCCGGGUCUUCACCAAAACCUCAACAUUUGCCUCGUUCCUAAAGGAUGCUGUGGGAGACAUGCCGUCUGCUGCUGCAGUGCACACGGCAGCCUCUGGGGGGAGCUCUGUGGGACUGUCUGCAGCCCUGCUCCUGCUUCUCAUCUCACUGUCACAGUCUUUGUUGUAA